UGUGUGUAAUCUGAGCCCUGGUUGUCAUGGUGAUGUCGGGCUGUCAGUCACUCUGGGGGAGGAGGAGACUGUCUGUGUGUGUGAUGCCGGUGUGUGGUGCUGCUCCUCCAGCCCCUGCAGCCUGAUCCCCGGCCUCUCUCCUCCUCCUCCUCCUCCUCCAUGAUGCCGAACCGUCAGAAGCAGCUCCUCUUCUCUUUUUCCGGCCUCCUCGGCCUCUCCUGCGCCCUGACGGCCGCGGUGGCCGCGGGCCUACCCUUGUGGCUCCGCGGGUCCGUGUUGUGCCGGACCGGGGCCGAGCUGGUGAACGCGACCGGGCCAGAACUGGACAAGUUCCUGGGAGAGCUGAGCUACGGACUGUGGGCCGGCCAGAGAUUGAAGACCUGUGGGCUGGGAGGACGCGCGUCCCGCUUCACCUUCUUCCCAGACCUGCUGAGCACCAUCCCAGCAGGCCUCCACGUCACCAUCAUCUUCUUCUGUGGUGUUGUCAUCCUCUUCUCAUCCGUAGCCACCGGCUUCUUCUUCUUCAACGCCUUCGGCCGACCCUAUGAGACGCUGCAGGGCCCUUUGGGACUUUACCUGUGGACCUUCAUCAGCUGUGCGGGCAGCUGUCUGGUGAUGAUCCUGUUUGCGUCGGAGGUGAAGCUUCAUCACUUGUCCCAUCGGAUCGCCAACUUCAACGAGGUGAACUUUGUGUUUGUGACGUACAGCGAGCGUUACGACCGCUGCUUCUGGCUCUUCUUCCUCAUCUUUCUCCUCCACGGACUCAACCUUCUGCUCAUCAGACUGGCUGGAGUCCAGUUUCCUUUUCAAGACAGCAAAGAGACGGACCUGAGCGGGGGGGCUGCCGACCUCAUGUACUGACACACAUGUUGGUCUGAUGGGUCAGCACGGCGGCCAUUUUAAGAAACCCAUCACUUCCUGUCAGAGAGACGGAGAGAGACCGGAUGUGUUAGUGUGUCAACUACAGCUAACUCUGAUUAUAUAACAUUUUAUAGAUUCAUGUAUUAAAGUUCAGUUUAGAGUGAAACAUGUUCAGCACAACACAGAUUGGUUUAUUUUUCCCUUGAUGAUAAAAAUUUUGCAGAUUAUAAAGAGAAUAUAAAUAAUUAAUGUUUUAAAUUCUCUUGUUUGAUUCUUGUCACCUGCACGUCCUUGUCUGUCACAUAAACAUGUUUUCAACUGCUUUCAGUGGAACUGUGUGUGUGUGUGUGUGUGUGUGUGUGUGUGUGUGUGUGUGUGUGUGU